UCCCUGUCGUGCGGCAUCGCCCACGCCCACCUCGACGCCCUGCUCCGCCACUGCCCACGCCUGCGCGCGCUCCGGCUCGGCGGCUUCUUGUUUGACCAAUGCGACCUGAGGGUCAACUCGGCGUCGCUGCAGGAGCUGGCCGUGGACCGCGAGAGCGGGUUGACACACCGCAUCGACAUCGUCGCUCCCGCGCUCAAGCAAUUGUCCAUGUCCUUGAUAGCCACAGAGGUCAGCAUCUCCGUCUUCGCUCCAAUGGUGGAGAAGGUUUCCUGGCACUGCUGCUACAGGGCAGGGUCUGUUACCUUUGGUCUCUGGGAGCUUGAGCAGCUGACGCUGGAGACGUCAGAGAGCCAAGGACAGCUCUCUUCGCUGCAGAUUCAUGCCUCCAUAUUCCGGUCAAAUUUCCCCGGCGGGGCGAUCAACUUCAUGCAAGAGAUAGCGAAGCAUAUGGUUGCUGCCUUCUCCGCUCUAGAGCUUCAUCUCAAAACAGUCGGGCAUGUUUUUGGAGCAAUCGUGUUCCUUCUCCUUGGAAUGAAUCGAAUUCGAGCAGCUGUGCGGAGGCUUAAGCUCAUCCUAUGGAGAACAAAGGUGAGAGAAGGAUGCCUACCAAAUUGUCCAUGUCAGCCCACUGACUGGAGAUCCCAAACUGUCUCCUUCACUCAUCUUGAAGAAGUGGAAAUCACUGGCUUUGAAGGGGUGGGUCAUGAGUUUGAUUUCUUAAAAUUGAUGCUCAGAUGUUCGCCGGCACUUAAAAAAAUGACUUUGAAGCUGUCACGUGAUGUGUGGUCGAGGAAAGAUGGAUGCACAAUAAUAAACAACAUCUUCAAAGAGUAUCCUUCCGUGCAAUGCUAUAUUUAUCUUUCCUAUGGGUUCAAGCAUGGCUACCAAAAUUAUCAUUGACAUGAUUCUCAUCCUUUCAUCUGCAAAUUCUUUGGUUCGCAUUGGCAAAAUCAUCCUUUCCCAUAUUGGGAAACUCGAUACAUUUUGCGUAGUUUCAGGAGUAAUUUUGCUUGGUUGCUUUAACCGAUUAACUGUAAGUGAAUUGUUGAGUGGUUGCCAUGCCAAAAUCAUGGAUGUGAUAUAUUGUGUUCGG